AUGAAAGGAGCUGUAGCCAAGACUCUACAACAAUAUACUGCAUUGACUGAUGCCAGAACUCUGAAAAAGCUUGCUGUGGCUCUAGGUUCCAGUUGUUCCGGUAACAAGAGUGAUAUAAGGCUUGGGCUUGAAAGGCAAAUUCCAGUGCUUAAAUCCAUAAGUGAUAUAAGGAACAGUAAGAAUGCUGUGAAUAUCACUGCCAUUGAUAUGGGUACGUCAAAUUUUGCUUACUGUACUUUUCAAUGGAAGAAGGAUUCUGAUAUACCAGUUCUUAUUAAUUGGAAUAAGAUCAAACUAUCAGAUCUACACAAAGACAUGAAACCACCGGUAUAUUCUCGUACGCUACCAAAUUCACCUGAGUUCACCGGGAAGUUGGUAAAUUUAUUAGUGAAGCAUCUUACGCAAGAGAAUUCAGAUGCGUUUUUCAUCGAGAGGCAAAGAGCGCGAACAAUGGGGUCUAGUGCUAUAGCAGAACCUAUCCUCAAGAUUAACAUUCUUGAACAUAUGUUAUACGCAGGGUUGUUAAAUAAGCUGGCGAUCAGGAAUGUGACAGAGGGAUCAAAAUAUAUUGUGAAGUCCUCCUAUCCAAGGACCAUGGUAGACUAUUGGUGCUCGCUGGUUCCUAUUACGAAAGGGUCAGAAGAGAAAUUUGGUUCAGUUGCUUCAGAUGACUCAGACGUUCUAGAGCAUGAGGAAGUCAAAGGGAAAACGCGCGGACUGUCAUUUUCUAAGAAACUAAGGAUUGCACUAGUGAGAUCACUAAUAUAUGAUCAAGUGUAUGUACCCGAAGGGCCCCAGUUCCACAAGUUGGCUCUCUCUGAUGAUAUACGUGCGAAGUUUGAAAAUUAUAGUGGAAACCGUGAGAAGCUAAACCUCUGUAAAGCAUUGGAAAUCAUUGAUAAUGAAGAACGUAGAUUAGAUGAUACGAAGACAAAAUCAAUUCGAUAUAAAGCCGGAUCUAUUAAAAAUAAGAAUGAUGACUUAUCUGAUGCUUUGUUGCACGGUUUGGCCUGGGUUGACUGGACCAAAAAUUAUCAAGAUAUCGUAAAUUUUAUUAAUGUAGCAAGCAAAGAAAGCCCUAAUGCUCUAAAAGAGUUCAAGAUUUUCACUGGAUUUAUUAAGUAUAGACAAAAAUGCUUUUCAGAAAGUUGUAUAACGGUCGAUAUAUAA